CUCACCAUGGAGGAGCAAAUUAUACAGAAGCGCUGGAAAACAGAGAAGCUGAAGCUGCUAGAUGGGUUCCUUACAAAGGUCGAUGGGGACCCGGGCACGCCUAUCUCAACCGUUGACAAACCAUCUGCAAUGAGUAAAGGAAGUGUGGACCGUUGUCGAGAUUCCGGAGCUACAUCCCGACCAUUUCGAAAGCGAAUUGAUUAUAUCUCGGACCGUAAACUUAAACACGCUAGACGAGCGAGAGGUCAAGAAGGAUCUCUAUCGGAGAUGCAACGCAACCUCGAGAAGAAGCCUGAUGUUAGCAAUGAAGUUUUUCAGAUAGACUUGCAUAAAAGCGAUUUCACUUCUCUUAACAUUCCUAUACGAAGAGUAAAUCCCCUGAGACUGUACUUUGCUAUAGGAGCUUAAGGAAUAUACACGGGCGUCUUUCUAGACAUAAGCAGAGCAUUYAAUAAAGUCUACAAUGGUGUAUCGUUMUGGUACAGAAGGGAUAGAGCCAGCUAUCAUCGYAUCGCUCUACUAAGCUGCAGACGGAUUAAYGCAUAAUUGAACGAAACCAGAUGUCGCCAACAAAAGGGUGUACUGUCGCCUCUCCUGUGGUUACUUGUAGCAAACAAACUUCUGAGAAAAUUUGAAGGAACAGCCCCCAGACUGAUAGCGUACGCAAACGACACAGCUGAACUAGUGAAGGGCGAGGUCGUAGACAAAAUUAGUAGCCUGAUGAAUAACGUUCAGUCAUAAACCUAUGAGCAGUUUUUGACAGAAAUACAGUACGGAAAACCGUUUGGAGCGAAUGCAAUGGCCUGCUACUCUCUGCAUAGCGGGAGCACUAAGAAUCCCUCCAAUGGAUACCCUUGAAAGGUUACUCAACCUACCGCCAAUUGACAUUGUAGUUGAAAUCAGCUGCAAUAUUGGUGGCACUAGGUGAGUUUUCCACAAGAACCUACCGACUUAGCUCGAUAUCGGUGGAUAAAAUGGACCACGUACCUUUAAGUUUUAUCUGGGAGAGAAGGUUUUAAGUCAUCCUAAGAGGCCCAGGGKCACGCGAAUCACCGAACUAACAUAUACACCUACGGAUCAGAAAUUACUAAUGGAGUGGGCGCCGUGAUCUAUUCCGCGAAGCAAUCUUUCAAGCUGCCGGAGUAUUGCAGUAUCUUCCAGGCAGAAGUCUUUGCGGUUAAGAAUACUGCUGAGUUAGCUUACAACGCAGGAAAUUACAUAAAGAAUAUCAACACAUACGUUGAUURGCAAGCAGUAAUUAAAGCAAUAAUAUUAUAUCGAAUUGCAUCAGAGAAUGACCUUAAAAGCAGAGAGGCUGUAAUUAUAGUGUCUGUUGCAAAGCGGCUCUAUAUAUACAGGUUCCAGGUCACGAGGGCCAUCCGCUUGACUACCGAACUAGUUCAGGAACAACGCAAAUCGUUGAAAGGUACACAUUUUCCAAUUUUCGAAAAGGCUGACAAACGGAUAAAGGAGAUGGAAUCACUAAAUGAUAUAUAUUCAAGAUUUAAGUUCUGUAGAAUGCAGUCCUGCGUGUAAUUAGUAAGGACACAAACCAAUACCAGUCAGCUGAUUGCUGGAUGAUCCAUAUGAUUGAAGUACAAAAGCCUUUAGCUUGGCUGCUACGGAGUUGCUGUACACACAAAUAUCUAUUCGACUAUGUCGGAUAUGUGGCGCUAGUGGAGGUGGUAUUUCUGUGGCGAAUUAAGUGGACAUGCGAUUAGAUCCAAUUAAGAUUCCUCUUUUUAAUGGUGAUCUAGCGAGUUGGCUGUUCUUCAAAGAUUUGUUCGAGGCACUAGUUCAUAAUCGUAAGGAUCUGGAUUCCAGUUAUAAAUUAAGCAAGUUACGCCAACAUGUCAAUGCAGACAGCGUACCCAUGGUCGGUGGACUUUAUACAGGCGGCUAUGAAGACAUGUGGCAGGAGAUGAAACGGCAGUUUGAUAAUUCCCGCUUGUUAGUGGAAUCCCAUGUGCUGGGUAUCCUGAAUUUACCUAACCAACCCGCCGAAUCCCAGAAGGGCUUGCUCGACUAGUUGACACUGUCCAAAAUGUGAUGCGAGCUUUAAGCGUUAUGGAUCUUCCGGUAAGACAUUGAGACGCCCUCUUGGUGCCACUUCU